CGCAAUAGCUUCAGUGAGGUGCGGACGCAAGCUGCAUCGCUCAGACAAAUUCUGUCUAUUUAAUGAAGACCCGCUUGGUGGAGGUCUCCAGAGGGACACUCCCUUACCGCCACCCGGAGACGUAAAUGAUGCGGGCCGUCAUGUCGACACUUACUGGGAAAUGACGGAAAACCCGACAUGGCCGCCGGGGUCAGGAACACUGGGGAGGGCUUUCUACCUCACUAACCUCACCAGCUAGAGGUGGUGGUGGUGCCCCGGAGGUGGACGUCGGCCACAGUGAGGCUUCAGAACUGUCACCAGUGAAGACGUUAUGACAGUGACUCCUCUGCAGUGCACCCCACGUGAGGCUCCGGAACGUGGACACAGACGCGGAAGAACCUCUUAACAGUUGCUUGUUGUCGACCGCUGUAGCGAGGCACUAAGGAUUAUACACAAGGGGAAUCUCUAGAAAAAAAAGAAGGAUUUUUACAACUCAAGUCCUCCAGGAAAUAAGAGUGAGGUUUCUGAAAAUUCCAAGUGUUUAAUAAGUCAUUGGCUCGCAGAAUAAAGAGAAAACGCCAUAGAGACUUACUGAAUUUUUUAAACUUCAACAUGUUUAAGGAAUCAUUUAAAGUAAUAUAUCGAGGCUUCGAAACAGUCGGUGGAGUUCCGCAGUGAACUAUGAUGAUUUAAAGAUAACAAAGAAAAAAGAUUAAAAACAGUGAGGUUUCUGGAACGUGAAAAUGUUUAAUGAAUCAUUUGGAACAGUAAGUGAGGCCUCGAAACAGUCAGUGGAGCUUCGGAAUAGACGGUGACUGUUGGCAACAGGUCCGUCAAGCUCACAGUGUCGCAAGAUAUGACACGCUGGCUACUGUUGUGCUCAAGACUCUCAGUGAAACUAGAAGGGUAUCAAUAAAGUCCAUAUCACUCAAGAGGCCUUCUCGUAGUCUUUGUAGCAUAUUGUAAACAAACCACUGCUCGAAGUCUCUGAAGCUGUUCAUGAGAUUUCCUUCGCCGAAACGAUUACUAAAGUGAGUGAUUAUUUCUUGCAAGAUUUAAUGCUUCUAGUGAUAGUGCCUUACAUGUAUCAAGAGCAGAUCCAGGGCGGCGAUUAAACUUUUAAAGCUAUUAAAAAGCUGCUUAUAUAACUCUCUACUGCUUUUAUGCUUUAUUAAGUGCCAGUGAAUGAAAGCACAGCCAAUCAAAACACUAGUGGUAACGCGGGAAAUCUCCACCAAUCAGAGAUAGCCCUCAGCUGUGGCGGGAAAUAUGUGGGUUGUCCAAAAUACCCACGAAUUACAGGCCCCGAUGUUGUCUGGCAGCGAGGACGACCCUGCGCCCCGCCGACCCUUCGAGUUUAUUACUAACAUCUUCAAGAGACGACGAGACCACGAGGGAGAGGACGAUGCCAGACCCCCAGAUAUCAACCUUCAUGAGGCGGAAGAAACGGGAAGUAACUGGACGGAAGAGACGGUCGUGCUGGCGCGCCAUGAUAUCAGUGAACAGGAAAUGACGUCAUCUUCGGAGGCUCUGGCGUCACCGGGGAUCAUGACGUCAUCUGAAAUGGCUACAUCGUCAUCGGUGGAGGGCGGAGCCUCGGUGUCAGGACUUGUCCACCACACACCUGUCAAGAACCGUGACAUUGGCAUUGAUAUGGAGGCCAUCAGACUGUCACGGCAAGAUAACCCAUAUUUACAGCGUGUAUUUGACUCUCACACGACGCUCAACGAGGAGGAGACGACGCAGUGUGUCAGUGGGAGCCAGCCUGAGGACCGUGCCCAGCUAGUGACACAGGUGAGCCAGGAGGGAGUGCUGUCACUGUCAGAAGUCCACGAACACCUCAUCCGCUCUCCACCACCCACCUCGGUACCCAAGACCCUGCCCAAGAACGUCUUUGUCUUUCCUGUCACCAAGGCCCUGGAUGGAGCCUCCACCCAGCAGCCAGAGGGAGCCACUACUGUUAAAAGCGGGUCGUUGAAGCCGCUGGUCACACGACAACACGAAGACGUCCUUGACCACCAUCUGCGACAGAUUCUCCACACACAGCGACAGCUUGUUGUUACUAGAGGCCGUCCAGGUGAGGGAAGCAGCAACACCAGCACCAGCACCAGCAUGCCUGGUUCCCCCGCCCACGCCCGUAACUUGGCUCGGCGGUCGCCUCACGCUCGCACUCUCUCCGAGGAGGCCACUGUCGUGCAGUCUGUGGGUGGCAGUAGCGGACAAGGAGUGGGGGGAGGAGCUGCAGCUGUACCAGGAACAAGUACAUCAGGAGCCAUGGGAGUGUCUUUGGCGCCUGUGUUACCCCCAGGGCGGAAACAACACUCCUCCAGCGACCUGCUGCUGAACCCUGCCAACCCGCCCACAUGCAGUGCCACGCCCACACCUACGCCACCCGUGCUCAAGCCUAUAUCCUCCAAAACUAAAAGAAGUACAGGUGGCCCCGAGCCAGGGUUGGCCAGCUCAUCCCUCCGUCUCCCCAUUCGCUAUCCACACCAGCCGGCUGCCUCCUCACCACUCAUUGACAUCACUUGAUCAUUCGCUCUUUGGGGGUCAUAUCAUUAAAAUGGGUUGCCCUAUAAGUGUCACCAUUACUUUUUGUUCAGGUUUAUGACAUGGCCUCUUGUCACAUGAUAAUUGUUUACUGUACAUGUACAUGUUGAAAUAUGUAAGGACUCCUUUAUAUGAUGCAAACCUUUGAACAUUUGUUCUGUAAUGUUCAGUAACUUAUGUGGAUAUGUUAAUAGGACAAACCCAAAAUUUUAAAGGAAUGAUCCAUUAUUAAAAUUUUCUUUAAAAAAUACUGUUCUUCAUACCAAGGGGAUAUGGAUGAAUCCUAUAUUGUUUUUCAUCUUAAGCAAAUGUCAUUUUAGAAUUUAAAAAUUGCUAUAUUUUCUGAGAAAUCUUUAUUCUGUAGUUGAAUAUUUAGUUUUUUCUCCAUUUUCUCACUCGUGAGUCUUUGCAUCAGGAUUGGCAUUGUGGAGUCUUACUUUCAUGGUUGUUUUAGGAGUCCUUUCCCCAUAUAUGGCCCAGGAAUCUUUGUACCACAGCUGUCAUUAAGAGUCAUGCACUUCAUUGCUGUCCUGGGAGGGAAGUAUUUGCCCCCUUGUCUGCCUCCAGAAAUUCUUGUACAAUGGCAGACAUUGAAGUUUUCAUUGCCUAGCUGGUAUUGCUUUUUUUUUGUGGGAAAUGUCAUUGUUAAACUUUAAACAGAAGCCAACAUUAGCUAAGCUUGACUGUUCCUUGUUAUUGCCAUAUGCUUUUUGUCAAUCAAACAUUGUGGGCUAAACACCCACUUCAGUCAAACAUAUCGUUAAAGGGAAGUUUUUAUUGUAUUUUGAUAUACUGUAUGCAUCUAGUGAAUCUUAAAGCUAGUUUGUGUAAAUCAUGAUGCCUUGUAUAUCUUUCUCUUGCUGAGAUUAAAAUUACAGCAUUGUUUGUUGAAAUGUGAGAGGAAGCCCACUGAAUAAUGCUGGCUUUUUCCGGGUAAUAUAAUGACCUUUGUACCUUUCCCGCCUUUAAUUAUUUCUAGAAUAAUAAGGGAGGCUUGAUACUUUGCAGUGUUUGAAGAUUGGAUUCAUAGCAUUAAAGGCUAGCUUUAGGUAGAAUAAACCAUUUUAAAUAUUGAUACAAUACUGUACUUUAAUAUGAUUUACACAGGUAAGUAUUGUAUGCUUUGGUGUUGCUCUGUUAGGUACAGGUUGACUUUCUCUUAUCUGGCAUUCCAUCGACCAGCAAGUCCCACUUUACCUCAGUUAAGUUGGCCACAGACCCAAAAAACUCCCAGCUGGGUGAGCUCGCUGCAUUGGCGCUAUAUUCCCUCACCCACAACUUCUUGGAACCCCCCUUCCUUUUGAUAUUCCUGGAUCUGCCCCUGCUGUGUUACCCAACUUUUCACAGGUAUGCAUGACGAUUUUGUACCAUCAAUAGCCAAGCACGGCUUGCAGUUACAAUGAAAGUCUGCUCCAUGCUUGGACACACCCCCAAAUUUCAUAUACAACCAGUUUAAUUUUCAGCCUUUCAUGGGGUAUGCUGUCAAAAGUGAUAUGUCUGUUUGACAUAAAAUUUUUGGGGGAUUCUGUGCUCCUAUGUGCAUCAUUAUAAUAGUGUAGUGUGGCUUACAAAUACAAGAAAAUAAGGGCUGUGAAGGAUAGAAAAGCAUAUUUUUGUUGGAUGACGAAAUCCCAUAUCAUAUAAGUUACAAAAACUUAGGCUACACAAGCAAACUUUCCAUAAACCUUGAAGUCAUUGCAGUAGUCACCUUUAUUUUCACUAAUGUUUUCUGUGGUGUGUGGACAUCACUUCUGAAAUUGGCUACCCUUUAUCCCUCAAAAAUUACACGUUGGGUGACUGAUGCAGGAGCAUGAGAGGGGAACAGUUGGGCGUGAAAUGUCGUACAUUAGCUCAGCACAUACACCGAAAAUGGGUUUUUAAAUCAUUCAAAGCCCUUAUUUUAGUGAACUGUGCCUCCCUAGUGUACAAAUGCUACUUCCCAACAGGAGGCCACAACUGCUGAAGUCAGGUCCAAUAUGGAAGGGUGAUGUGAUUGAACAUACAGUGAAAUCAACAUAUACCUCAGACUUAUUGGAAUAAGAAAGAAACCUGGAACAGUCCAUAUGUUCUUUAAUACGUUACUUAUUUUCAUGCUUACCGAGCUUGACAUAACUGUAAGGCUUUUUACCCUAUUUGGGACUGUCACAAAUUGAAGAUAGGUUUGAUGGAGGUCUGGGUCACUGAGGUUCUGUCAGUGAAGAAAGAACCCCUAGUGCCAUGCAUGGCCUGUCUUUUACUUGUGGUUCAGGUACAGUCUCGUUCAAGAUUCCUCGAACACUGCUGGCAACUUGAGGCCGUUUGUGUACUACAGUACGUAGUAUAAUAUAAUACAAAACAACAAAGCCAUUAAUUAAGCAAUGGGGAACUAAAUAACCAAUCACUGAUAAUAUAUUACAUUCUUUCAUAAUCUUUACUACGUACUAUAGUAAACAAACGGCCUUGAGUUGCCAGAAGUGUUCGAAGACUCUUGAACGAGACUGUACCUCAUACAGGAAGAGUGUGUGGAUUUCCAAUGCCCCCCCUUCUUUGUCCAGGCUGAGCAAUUUUGAUCGGAGGAAGGCGAGGGGUUGUUGCUCUUUCUCUCAGGUCGUGUGCAUGGUGACUGACCACGCAGGUAUGGAUACUGGACCUAAACAGUGAUCGUUAUUUGCCAAAGUCUGUGGUGAUGGGGCAAGUGAGACUGGAGAACCAUCUAGUGCGAACACUGUCUAGCCUGCAAAGCAAGAAAGGGCUCUCUGAGCCGAGAUGUUCAAAGGCACGUUGGCAGAGCGAUCAGGAAUACUGCCUUGUGAAGGAGGUCCAUGGGAGAGGAGUCAGUAUAAUGGGAUGAGUGGAGGAGGUCCAGAGUACGUUGGAGUGACCAUGAAGGCUCUUCUCGUCUGGGAGGAGGGUGUUGGUGAAGCUGUCCUCUCUUGACCAGCUGGAGGGCCUGAUGAUCCAGUGCGGUGCAACAGCCGUGGAAUAGUGGGUUGGCCAAGGCUGUGACAUGCCCCGAUAUAGUCUCUAGAUUGCCCCCUUGUCUUGUGCUGGACCCCACAGGGAAACCCGAGAUUGGAGGAGUGACACAGAAGAGUCGGUUCCCUGGCUUGGGACGAUUACCUGAAUGGUAGGGGGCUGCAAGGCCAGGCAGGCUUGUAAUGCACCCUUGCUUCUAGGUCAGCAAAAGUUGAUUGGCGAAGGUCGGUGCGACCCAGAACUGUCUUUUCUUGAGUAACAAGCAUUCACCACCGGAGAAUAAGUGAGGUCUGGCCUGGACUAAACUGGUGGGGAAGAAGUCACUGUAGGCAACCUGCGGAGGUGUGUGCUAACUAUCUAGAACACAUCACAGUCCAUCAGGAGCCUAGACAGGAAAGUACUCCUCGCCAGUUGUAUUCAGGUGCUUAGCACCACAUAGUACUAAGAUGACGAAAUCUGCCACUUGCCUCCAACCCUCAGCAUGACAUGGUGGCUAUUAGGUAAAUACAGUACAUAUAUAAACAUUAUAAAAUGUGUGAUUUUUGUUUACUAUACUUCACUUAAUCUCACAGCAGAUAUGUGGACGAAUUGUGCCUUUGAUGAUUUUAGCCAUAGGGACAUAGAUUUGACCCAUGAGAGCAAUGGUGCCCAUAGGCUAACUCCAUUUGAUGGGCAAAAAACUCAUUUUAUUGUACAGCUGAUAUAAAUGUUUUAAUACAUUUUCAUACUUCAUUUCAGUCACUAACUCAGUCAGCACAGGAUCCACCACACUGGCAAAGAGCUGUGUAUGGGAGGGCUGCCAUCAUGCACUUGCAAUGACCUCUGCAUCCUUUCUUACAUCCACACCGCAAAAGCUCCCUGCAGGCUUGUGUGGUUUGUGGCAGCGUUGUCCAACAUAUUUCCCAGCUUCCCUCUGUCUUCUUCAUUCAGCCCCAUUCACAUGAAGGAACCUCUGGUCUUGGAGCCUUCAUCUGGGACCAGCAGUAUCCAGCUGGGUAGGCAGCUCGUUUGGUGUGCUGGGUAAGCGCAGCAUGUGUUGGGAGGGCAAACCAUCCAGAGCCCUGUCUUUCUGGGUGAACAGCUACUUCCUGGCUUGGUUCACACACUUCUGAUCACUGGUGCAAUCAUAUAGGAGGACAACAAAGUGUUCCAAUAGUCCCAUGUGCUCUUCUAUUGACUCAGGGCUUGGCUUAGUAGCUAAGGUGCAGAAUACUGCAGUGACAUCUCCGUAGGCAUUCCAAGCUUCCCAUGUGGUCCUCUCGCACUAAGUAAAGGCAUGAAACAUCAGCAAGGCAGCACACCAAUCAGGUCCCAGUGCUCGAUUUCUCAUUUGCAGCAACUUAUCUGAAGUUCUUCUGAACCCUGAAGGCAACCCAAAAUUCACCGAUGUUGAGACGCUGGGCGGCUAUCACAGCCAGAACCACGAGAUCUGUAUCUACUGUGUAGUAGUAUACGUGUCUGCCUCUUCAUGCGUGCAUGUAGCAAGACCUGAGAUGUCAACCUCACUGCUGGAGCAAAGCACAUCAGCAUUGUGUAGUGAUGACCUGUGUAUCAUUUUAAAUUUCGACAGCAGUCCAUGAUAGCAAGGGGAAUAGCUGUCUUGUAGUCCUCAAGGUGUUGAAACUCCUGCCAAUUCCCAAGGACUGCACUUGAUGCUUCAACACGUCUCCUAACUCCCUUUCCUCUCUUUCUUUGAGUAUCUCCUUUCAAGCUGUCAGGCAGGUACACAUUCCCAGAUGAUGCCCAAUCCUGCUACAUGCUGGAGCUGAGAUGCGAUAUACAGCACUAAGAUGUCAUUGGCAUUAUCUUUGAAAGUCCUUGCAAAGUCUGGUCGAUCUGUGUUAUGCGCUGCUUUACUCAAUUCUUUCGUGGACAUGCUUCAUACUGUUCCCGUUCAAGUUUAUCUAUGCUGGGUGAAGAGAACGCCUGCAUGAUGUGUGCUGAUAACCCAUUUCUCUGUACUCAACACCACUCAUACUGGCAAAAAAGAAAAUGGCUCGGAUUUAUUUUUGUCCAUGCUAAGGAGCUCUUGCCAAUUUCUAGGAAUGAAAUCUGUCACUUCUACACGUCUUCACUCCUUUGCCUCUUUGCUGUCGUGUACCAGCCUUUAUGCUAUGAGGAAGGUGUUCAUCCCACACAACUUCUACACUAAAAGCCUUCUGCAAUUGGAAUACUAUGUUAGGUAAGAAUACGUGCAUGGCAUAGUCCAUAUACUUCCUUUCUUUGACCUUCAUAUUUUUCCAGUAAGGUUGUAGUUGCAGUGGUGUUCUUUCAACAUUGGCACUUGAUUUAUAUUGCUCAGUUAUUUGCUUCCACUUUUUUAUUUGUUUAUAAUGGAUGCUGCAUCUGUCUUUUUGAUUUCUAUAAUGCUGUUUUCAGUAACUAAUCUUGCAAGGAGAGAUUUCUCCUCUGUAAAAACUCGUAGUCAUACAUGCCGCCAUAAUCUUGCGAACAUUACUCUCGAUGGUGAUUGGCUGUCGUAAUGGUGUAAAUGAAACGUGAUUGGCUGGAAUUUCAGUGUAAGAAUCCUUGCUCGUAAUUGAAAAAAAUGCAACAUAUAACUUGAUACGAGGUUCAACCGAUGGGUAAUACACUGCAGGAAAUCUCAGAUCGAGGAAUCCCGAAUUUAGAACGGUGGUUUGAGCCUGGGACUUGAGCUCGGCUCAGGCGUGCGAAUCGGGGUUCCUCUAUUUGAGAUUUCCUGCAGUGUAUUACCCCAUUUCCAGAACAUCGGUUGAACCCCGUAUCGGGUAAAAUAUUGCAUUUUCUUCAAUUACGAGCAAGGAUUCGAACACUGAAAUUCCAGCCAAUCACGUUUCAUUAACACCAUUAUGACAGCCAAUCACCAUCGAGAGUAAUGUUCGCAAGAUUAUGGCGGUAACUAUGACUCGACGAGUUUUUAUGGAGGAGAAAUUUAUUAUUGCACAUCAUAAGUUAAUUUUGUUACUAUACCGGUAAUUACAAUCAAAUUAUAAUGAUUAAUGUUACUGUGUUACAAAGUGGCUGUGUUGUUAUAUGAUAACAAAGAAAUUCAUAGAGGAAGAACAAUUACCCGGUACAUACAAAAUGUAGAUAUAAUCUGGGACAGGUGUCAAUAUUCAUAACCAAAGCAAGAUGAAUCAAUGCAGGGAGUAGUAACCUGGCUAGGCUAGAUUAGGUUAGGUUUCUUUGUUCUUUUAACCCCACAUUUCUCCUGAUUAAUUAUGUUAAGAAAAAACUUUCCUUUAUUAAUACAUUAAAAUAAAAAUGCACUCGGCAUUGAGUCAUUUAUACUGAAAAUACAUCAAAAUAGUUUUCCUAAAGAAAAACACUCAAAAUAAAGAAGCCUCAACGUUCUUUACAUUUACCCACUUGAUCUUCAUGGACCCUAAACACCAAGAACCUCAAAGCUGAUCAAUGGGAGGUAGAGGUGAACCUUAGGCAAUAGGUCUGUCAAGUAGAUGCUCCAUAUCACGGAAAAAUAUUCAAGGAAAUCUCCUUUGCUGAACCUUGAUUGUUGUCUGAAUUGCUUGCCAUCAUAAAAAUUUAUAGGAUUCUGCCUAUCCACUAUGAGUCUUCUCUCGACAAAAUUUCCAAUUUGACGAUAUCACCGAAAAGUCUGCACUGUCAAAAUUCAUGUUGACUUCCUAUCUUGAAUGACGGAUCAACUGCCAAUCCUGCCUCCAGGCAGGAUUAACAUGAGGAUCGACAAAUCCCAUUUUAAACCCGGUUUAAAUCAUUGUGUUGGCUCAAGCCAGUGUUCUGAAUACCAACAGUCUUAAACUUCGCUCGAUCCUUGGUUUAAACCUUGAUGCAGUUUCAAACCAGCGUUCUAAAUUCGGGCCAUACAGUACACAUAUAAGUAUGAUAAUACGGUACAGGGUAUGUGUCAGGAACUUGGCAGCGUACUCAACGAGUCAUAACUUUGAUGCGUGAAAUUUUUGAAACAAACCUUUAAUAUACGUACUUCUUAUUCUGUGGAAAGCAGCGUAGUUUUAUAAUACGGUAUGGGAAUUACAAUUCUUGUACACUAUUCCUAGAAAUAAAAUUUUAUGAGACAUUAAAUUCUCUACAUUUUCUUGUAUUGGAUGUGAAAUUUUUGGAAAAGAUCUUUUCUGUAUUUCCAUCAAAAUGUUUGAAAAAUAAUAGUACAGUACUGUAAAGUUAUAUUUAAUUUUAUUUUAAUUUAAUUUAAUUUUUUUCUAGGAAGAUCCCUAUGUUGCCGGCAUCUGGUGUGCUUAGGUGGUCACCUACCUGUCCAAGUACAGCCAGACAUAACGUUGCUAAGUUCAUACAUUUUUUGUUUUAGGUUUUCAUUUAUUAUAGACAGUAUUUAUUAAAUAUAGUCAUGUUAUCUCUUUAUUCAUUAAAUUUAUUCACUAUGAUGUACUGUAUCUCAAAUUUGUAUGCAAAGAAAUGCAGAACAUUAUGGGAUAGCUAAGCUAAGAGAAGGUCAACCUGUAAUAUGAAACGUUGAGGUCAAGAGCAAUUUGCACACUCCUGACUUAAGACAGACUGCUUAAAAUAAGAUGACGGUACACAUUGACUAUCGAUUUUACCGAACCAUGGGUGGUCAGGGCACUGAAGGAACUAUCACUCCCAUAGCCUCUGACCCAAUAGUUAUACACCUCACACUAAUUAUAAAAGCACUCUGAUCUGCUAGAAAUUCAAUAUGACAUAAGCAAUUGUUAAAGGAAAAACAGGUAUAGGGAGGUUUAUUGUUUACUGUACUUACAUCAAUUGCUGCAUUACUUCCACUCCCAAAUGGAUGAGUCUUAAUGUAGAGGUGAUUACAAUUUAUAUUUCUGGCAGUGGGGGACUGUCUGUAUUAUCUUCUCUAACUUUGGACAUCAGGGACUGGUGGCGGCGGCAGCACAUCUGCCGCAGCCGAAGUUGAGGCCACAGGAUUUUCUUGUCGAGUGUUGCUCUGCACUUUUCUUUGUCAUCGUCUUAAACAUGUCUUGUAGUUUAAGCUAUUUCAUGUAAUCUGGUCAUUUCUUGAAUAGUUUACCUUAUAUCAGGUGUAACUGCAGUAGUUAUUGAUCCAUUUUAAAGCUGCGUUGUUCUAACCAGUUUAUUUAAUCAUUGGUUAACUGAAUUAACAGGUCAAUGGACGUUUUUUCAGCAGUGUCUUCAUUUUCAUCACCACUCCCUCCGUCAGUUUCUUUAUCUUAGUCAGGAUUUACAAUCAUAUCCACAGUCUCAGAAUCACUGUAGUGAUGGACAGAAGGUAUAUCUAUGUCCACAUCCAUCCACUUGGUAAUGUUUUCUUCAUCAACUUCAAUGCAACUUCUGCAGGAACAGGUGCACUUGCAUUUUUAGCAUACUCAAGUAGUUCUGGUACAACUUCUUUUUGUUUAAAUGUCCAGAAGUCAGUGAAUUAAUUUUCAUCAUCUUCACCAGGGCUACUCUCAAGCAUCAAUGCUGGCCAUAAUUUAUGCUGGCCAUGUUUAAAUGUUGCUGCAUCUACAUUGCCCCCCCACAAGCAGCAGUUAAAUUCUUUAAUAAAUGACCACUGAUUUACCAGAAUUCAUUGCACUCAAUAGCCAUUGCAGGAACUGAACGAUAUUUUGAUUUAAGAGAGCGUAAAAUACCUUGAUCCUGUGGCUGAAUAAGAGAUGUACAAUUAGGAGGCAGGUAUACCCCACAGACCUUAUUCGUCACAAAGAGUUCUGCCUUGGGAUGUGCUGAACAGUUCUCGAGAAUAAGAAUUAUUUUGCAUUUUUUGUCUAGGCUUCUGGCCUGAAAAUUUUUUCAAACCACUCCUAAGUAAGGGCCGUGGUAAUCCAGCCAUUCUCAUUUGAACGAUAAAUCACUUGGUAUCUUUCAAAACACUAGGAUGCAGGCUUUUUCCAAUGACCAUCAACUUCACUUGUGUGUUCCAGCUGCAUUUGAGCAUCCUAGAAGUGUUACAAUAUCCUUUGAGGUUUUGAAUCCUGUAUGCAAAUGCUAAUGUUCUUCAAGGUGUACAUCCCCAAUAUUUAGGAAACUUGUUCACAUACUUGGCAGCUGCUUCCUUGUCCGCAGAACGUCUUUCACUACACACGUUAUGAAAACUUAAACCAUGUUGCUUUUUAAAAUGCUGAAGCCAACCCUCUGUAUAUUCAAAUUCAUAGUCUAAUCCAAGUUCAUCAUGAAACCACUUAGCCUGGGCCUUUACCAUAUCACCUGAAAGUUCAAUAUCUUCACUAAGACGUAGUCGGAACCAUUAAAUCGUUACUUUAUAUGUUCUGUACUUUUACCAUCUUUCAUGUUUUUCUAAAGGUCAUCUGGUUUUUUGUAUCACUGUCAGCAAAGAACUUUAAAAGCUUUUCCUUCUACUUCUUUGUCAUGUACAGUUGAUGAACCAACACCAUAAACAUCACACAAGGUUUGGACUGACAUACCACUUUCCAAUUCUAAAGAAGUUCUACCUUCUCUUGUAUUAACAGCGAAUGGUGUUUACGCUUCACAUCACCACUGACACUUGGUGUUUUCUUAGAAGCCAUAUUUGGGGUUGUAGUACAGUACAGGCUACCAGAAAACAGUGAAGGUACAAAACUGUCGAAUGGAAAGAAGCUUUGAGGGCGGGCGGUAGACUAGUAGCACACCAGAACAUCAAUGGCGGCUCGGUAAAUUAUUCUGGUGGAGCACAGGAAAUUUGAAAUCCCAUUACCGUAAAACUGUCUGGACCUUCAGAGGUUCUGGACCAGUGAUUGCCAGAAAAUCGAUGGUCGACCUGUACAUAGAUUAUUUAAUACAGCCCACAUUAAAAUUUAACUUUGGAUUUCUCAUCAGAAAUAGCUUGUUAAUUCAUUUGGAGAAUGAGCACUCCUUGCAAUACAGUAGUUACAUUACUAACACAUUGACUCCAUUGCUUUAUCAAGAAUGUAGCUGAUGUCAGAUUUCUAAAUACCCAAUGCCCACAGUGUACCUACCAAACCAUAUCCCUUGAUUAGCUGUAGUAAUUUUGAUGUACAGUGAUUACUUUUAGAGAAUAUGAAAUUCUUUCAUAUAAAAGCCUAUUUUAUUUUUUUAAUAUCCACAAGUCGUUAUUUAUGAUUGUUUGUCAUAAAAAUACCCUGGAAUGAGGAAAUCACUUAACAGUAUACAGUAUAAUGAUUCUAGCAGCUAAUUGGUAUACAGUACUGUACAGUAAUCUUGUGAAUAAUGAGACUGAAAAGUAUUGUGUCUGUUGAACUUUUAAGGUACAUAAAAGGAAAUUAUUAGUCAUAGCAUGUUUUUAUCAAUGAGUUUACCGGGGUAGUUUGUUUCGGGAAUUAUGAGUCCUAAAACCCCAUACAUUUUCAUAAUUAUAAAUAAACCAAGAUUGGGUCAUAAGCUUCAUAGCAUUGUACCUGUAUUCACUUCAAUGAAAAUUCACUUGAAGCAAAAAUGGUUGUGAAUUUGCCAAUGUGGCUGCGUGAUAAGCAAUCAAUAAAUUUCUACUAGUAUUUGUAACAGCUGUUGAAGAUGCUUAGUGUUGGGUGAGCUUAUUUAAUAGGUCAAUUAAAAAUGACUUGGUCUCAUAUCAAUAUAAAGAAAGUAUGUCUUUCAGAGUACUACCCUGUAAUGCUGAUUACAGAUGUGCAAGGUUUUGUGAUGACAUUACCUGGAAAAAAGUGUAUCUAUAUUGCCAAUAAGAGGGUGAUGUAUGUGGGAUAAAAUUUGCCUUUGUGGCCUGUCUUUUUAUGAUGGAUGUACAGUACUCAUGAUAUUUGGGCAUGUGUGCUAUGUUCUGGUGUUAUUUUUAUAAGCCUACACAUUUAUGGUAAUUUUAUACUAUGGCAGUGUGUAUUGUUAACUAUAGUUUGUCUUAGCCUUAGUUUUGUUAAAAGUUCUAUCUGUUUAUGGCGAGUUCUCCUCUUAGGAAAGUACACAUCACUUACUUUUGACAAUUCAAGGUUUUACAAUUCCUGGUUUGUGAACUUAAAUUGAAAAAAAAAAAUCUUUAGGGCACAUUGUGUACCUUAAGGAUGGAGCAAAUUUUUAUAUUAUUAUGCGACACAUUUUGGCUGUCAGUGUUGUAGCAGAGGUCACAAAGAUUUAUCAAUGAAAUCAGAUAUUGCCUGAGUGUCCUCAGUGAUGUUCAAAGAAUCUGAGCAGAAGCUCAGGGGAUCCAGUAAAGUUCAAUGGUUUAUUUCCUGAAAUACUUUUGAGCUUAUUUUUGGGUUAGGGUUGUCUAGGCCAUGCCUUCUCAGUGAUGAAUUGCUCAUUGAGAACUUUGGGCCUGAUUGUUUAUUUCAAUAAUAAUAUUCUUCUAGUCAUUUAGAAAUAUGAUUUCCAUCAUAUUUACUAAUGUAAUACCCUGUACCAUCCAAAAACUGAAAAAUCAACUUGAUUAACUGUAUAUGAACAGCACAUUGUUGUGUUUACAGUAUAUACAUGGGAUGGUACUGACGACUGUUCAUAAAAUGGCUGUUUACUUCACCACUAGGCAGCAUGAUAGCUAAGUUUUAAUCCUGAAUUUUGUAAAUCCUGAUUUAAAAAAAAAUACGACUGCCUCAAUUACGCUCUACCAACACUUUCUGUCCAUACAAAAAAAGUUUGUAUAUUUUCCCCAGGUAACAUGGACUGGUGCAUUGGAAUUGUACACUUUAGAGAAAAUAAAGGCAACAGAAUCAA